GUUUCGGCUUCAUGAUGUUUUUUGUGACGGUGACAGUACUAACGGGUGCAAUUUUCAACGAUGCUAUGGAUUGGGGCAAGGCUCUGGUUGCGUUUGGCGCUAUCCUCUGCCCAAUCCUCUCUAUAACAUCAACCUAUGGUAUUAUCUCGUUGUUUGGAAUCCGAACUAACUCCUUCAUGCUUGUCAUGCCAUUCCUUAUCACCGGCAUCGGUUGGUGCAAUUUUUUGUUUCUUCAGAAAGCUCAUUUGGCCCUUCAUGCAAGUAGUGUCAGCGUUCGUCUCGGUCUGGUGUUCGAGGAAGUUGGGCCUUCCAUGACAAUCACCUCACUAACUAAUUUCAUUUCAUUUGGCAUCGGUGCUCUAACCCCUACUCCCGAAAUACGAUUAUUCUGCAUGACGACAGCGAUCGCAAUGGGUUUGGAUUACCUAUUUGAGCUAAUAUUGUUCGGACCUGUACUGGCACUUGCUGCCCACUGCGAAAAACGAGACUGGAAGCGGUUGCCGAGUUCGAAUCCACUGAAAACCCCACUGCACGGGUGGCGAUUGCAGAUAGACACGUUUAUGAGCUGGGUAUUGAAGAUGUACUGUCGUAUCCUGGAACAUCGAUGCUUUACGGUAUUUUUGGCCGUGGCACUGGUUGCUUACUGGUAUUUUGCGAUCAUUGGAGCACUGAACAUUAAAACAAGAUUGGAUACCGCUAAAAUUUUGCCAAAAGAUUCUCCAAUUCAAGCUCCAAAUCGCAUUCUAAGUGAUAUCAUAUGGGUGGAAUAUCAUCCGGCAACAAUACUUGUAAACAAACCCUUGGAUAUUAGAAAGCGUAGACCGAUGGAACGAUUUUGGCAACUUGUCGACGAUUUUGAAAGUUUACCACAAUGCCGAGGCAGUAUUUCGACGCUGCUUUGGCUGCGCGAUUACGUCAAAUAUUAUGAAAAUCCAACAUCACUGUGGUCUUUCUUCGGCCUGGACGAUAACAAUAGAAACAGGAAAGCAAAGAACACGGAAACAGGUCUCGACUUCGAUAAACUGGAAGAAUUCCUCGAAUCACCGUUCUACAAGCACUGGAACACUUUCGUCAAGGUGGCUCGAACAAAGGAAGGCAUUCGUGUAAGCCGAUUUUGGUUUACAGUGGCGUACUCAAAUACAUCGACCUGGGAAGUACGAAUUGAUCUGAUGCAAAAAUGGAGGAAAAUUGCUGAGAAAUACGAGGAUCUGAAUGUGACGGUUUGGGAAGCUAAUGGAAUGUUCGUGGAUCAGAUGCUCAGUCUGAAAACAGUUGCUAUACAAACCGGAGCACUGACGUUGAUUUGUAUGGCAGUUGUGUGUGCAGUAUUCAUACCAAAUCCGUGUAGCGUUAUUACUGCCUCCAUCGCUAUUGCCUCUAUAAGUCUUGGAGUGUUCGGUUUUUUGUCCUGGUGGCAUUUCGAUCUCGAUCCAGUCACUACGGCUGCAGUUUUGAUGUCAAUUGGCUUAUCAGUUGAUUUCACAGCUCAUCUGACCAACCGACGGGUAAUUCGCAACAAGCAAAUUGUUAAAAUUCCUAUCAAAGGCCCACGAGAGAAGUUGGAACACACCCUACGAAGUGUUGGAUGGCCAAUGAUACAAGCAGCCGCCUCCACGGUGAUGUGCGUAUUACCUCUUGUCUUCUUGCAGAGUUACUCGCCGAUGGUAUUUUUCAAAACGAUCAUCCUGGUAGUCUGCUGGGGCUUGCUGCAUGGACUCAUCGUACUUCCGGCGCUUCUCGGUGCGCUGCCGGACUGCCUCACGAAUGCCAAUUGUUAUCGCAUCUUCUUAUCGACAAGUAGCCAGAAGUCGUGCCGUUAUGUGGCGCCGCAGGAAAUGGAACCGGUAGAUGGCCAAGAGAUGGAAACCAACGAAUAGUU